UCCUGUGGGCGGACACCGGUUUGUUUUGGAAUUCAAUUUCCAAAAUGGAGCUACACCACCAUGGAGUUGUGCUUAUUUUAUUCAUUUUUCUGUUUCAGCAUACAGUUCAUUGUGCAGAAAAACUGAAAGGUCCUCCAAAAAUUAGCGGAAGUUACAUGGCCUAUGGAGAAAUCGUAGAACCAAUAGCUGAUGCUUCAGGAAUUCUACCACAGGUGUACUUUGAAGAAAGUUACAAUUCGAUCACCAAAAAUGCAGCGUUUACCAUAAAGUCGAUGGGGAUUAACCUCACCUUUGUCGAGAAUUUCCAGACAAAUCAAACGUACCGAUACCUUAACAAUACAGUGUGCGUUUUACUCACUGUGUCUGAUUGGCUAACAACUGAUUCUGCCCCGUCUUUGUUGCACUACGAGAGCGGCGAUGGCACUGUGCGGUUUUCACUGAAGCAACUGUUUUCUCUGAGUGACGACUUUCUGAAAAUAUCGAAUGAAUCUGCUUCUGUGAGAGGAAUUCCUGCGCGGAAGUGGGUGUAUGAAAUGACAGAAAAAAAGGACCAAGACGAUGAGACGACAGGAGUGGUGAAAGUAGAAGUGGAGGCGUAUUGGUCUGAUGGUACGUGGGUUACUUCAGACACAGCUCAAAUUGUUCCACUUGCUUUUGUCGUCACGAAACUUAAUACUACAAAAGGCCAGCCUCACGUUAAAGCACACCAACAGUACAUCAGUGUUUUUGGAUUUGCCAGGGAUACCUAUGAUCACAAAGUUUUUCAGCCUUUUCAAGGAGUCCACUGCGAAAAUAGACAAAGCACCAUGGAAUUUCCUAGCAUCAACGAGUGGAAAGCAAUGGCCCUUCAUUCCGAGUUUAUUUUACCUGAUUAUAGGGAGAUUAAAUAUGUUGAUAAUUGGUUUGAUGCACAACACAAACUCCUGCGCAUGGACAGCGAAUCAAUUCGAGACGAAAACCCGGUUUUCGAGGCUAAGGAACGAAAAUAUCAAUCAGAAAUAACUGUUGCUCCCUUGGGUGUUGUGUUCAAGGUGAAGUACAAGAAAGGUCUCACCAAUUGUGAAAUCGAGGAAAUACAAAAUUACAAGUUUGAUAUACAAACUCUGUUUAAUAUAAAGCAGACGGCAGCAGAGUGGAGCUUGGAAAGUUUGAUGGGAGUAAAAACCACUUCUUACGUGUACACAGGACAGACAGUCAAACGGAAUAUUCCUUGCCAUGUAUUCCAAGGAAUUCGGAAAGACUGGCCAGACCCGAGUGCGAACGUGACAUCUUUAUGGGAAUGGUGCUUCAAUGUCAACAUGACAGAAAAUGAUAAUGUUUUAUUCAAGGACGGUGAAGUUGGACUCAUCAAUGCGCAAAUAACAAUUACGGAGAGCAAUUAUCCAUAUUUCUCUAAAGGCUACAGAUUAAUUCAUCACUUUUAUCACGUGAACCACAUAAAAAAUGCAGAUAUAAUGGAAUCCACAGAGUUUAGUAUCAGCAGGUGCUAUCGAGAAGACCAGAAAGUAGCCCUACAAUUCGAAUCCAUUUAUAGAAUCACUGAUGACAACUUGCGACUUGUGGAGAAUGCAACAUCAGACUUGGUCUUCCUACAGAAGUGGAAAUCCAUUAUCUAUCGUUACACUGAAAUGCCAUCCUAUAGUUUGAGAGUAUCCAACGUAGAGUCGACAGUGAUCAACAAAAGAUUAUACGUUAAAUUCCUGAUCUUGGACGUUCACGAAGGUCUUCCUGAAGCUGUUAAGAAGGGGCAAAUAAGUGCAGAAGAAGCAGAAAAAAAUCUGAGAAAGAACAUUGAUGCGGGAAGCGUCAUUAUAUUCUAUGACUUCAACAAUGACGGAACGUUUGACAAAGUUAACGUAAAAAAAGAAUCCCUACGAAACCAACUCAACAAGACAUUUAAAGCUCAUACUCUGCCUCCACCACCUCCGCCCCCAUCAACAACAACUUCGAAGAUUUUCACUCUGAGGACACCAGGUCCACAUCAUACAGACAACCCAGUUACUGACGAUGCAGAUGCAACCAAAACCACCAAAAACAAGAGUACGUAUUCGACGCCAGAGAGUAGCAGCAAAGAUGAUCACGGCAUAAUUACCACAACAGAAAGAACCAAGAAUAAAAAAAUCAAAUACACAGGACAUCAGAAAGGGACGGUAGCUGGAGUGUCUAUUGCAAUGUUGCUCGUUGGUAUUUCCAUAGGAUCUAUAGGCACGUUUUGCAAGUAUAAUGGUCUGCCUGCUUUCCUACAAAGGGGAUGAUCACCUUUGAACUGUUUUAUCUAAGGAACACAUGAAAUUUGAGAUGCAAUUGGUUUAUAUUGAACUGCACCAAUUAGUGCCUUGGCUGAAAAGAUAAUACGGAAGUAAAAGUCAAAGUUAUAAACAUAGUAGUCAGAAUUCAUUACUAGAACCCAAGAUGCUUCAGAAAAUGCUUUGGAGUAGCAUAUUACAAGAACAAUAUUAACAACUACUUUAUUUUGAAAGAAAUAACUGCUCAAAAGUAGAUGCAAGCACAAAAUAACAUACAGAGUGCUUUUCUAAUAAUCUGUAUUGAAUGUCGAAAGCAUGCCAUUAGUAUUGUUGAGAUAUAAGACAGCUUUGGUUAUCUUUCAUUCAGUUCAAAAGCUCAAAAAAUAUCUUGUCUCAGAAAUUUCUUUUAAAAAAUAACUUUUGUACAGAAAGAUUCUCUUCCAUCCUCAAAAACUAAACCUAUUUCUUAAUUUGUAUCUAUGUAACCUUUACAAUAAAAUAUA